AGGUUAGGAACUUUUCAGUUCAUUGUUCUUUCCCACCUCUACCCAUUUCCUUAUUGCUUCCUUUGAUUCCACUUCAGCUUCUUAUAUACCUGUUUGGUAUUUGAAUUUCUUUGGUGUGUUUCCUCCAUUUGGGUUUUACUCUGAACAUACAAAAUCUAGAGCUACUUUGUUAAGAACCUGUUUGAGGUAAUUAGGAUCCUUUCUGAGCUCUUCUAUACUUCUAUUCUUGUUGAAUUCUCGAAAUUUUUGUGGUUAGGCUUCUGAAAGCUAAAUCUGUGCAGAAGAACAAAAGGCCAUCUUUUCAGAAAUGGAGAACGUUUAUGGGUUCAGUAAGGUAGAAGAACAGAUGGAUUUGCCUCCUGGGUUCCGAUUCCACCCAACUGAUGAAGAGCUUAUAAGUCACUAUUUGUCCAAAAAGGUUAUUGACAGUAACUUCAGUGCUAGAGCAAUUGGAGAUGUGGAUUUGAACAAGUGUGAGCCUUGGGAAUUGCCCAGAAAAGCGAAAAUGGGAGAGAAGGAAUGGUACUUUUUCUGUGUUAGGGACAGAAAAUACCCCACUGGUUUGAGGACAAACAGGGCUACUGAAGCUGGUUACUGGAAAGCAACUGGUAAAGACAAGGAGAUCUACAGAGAUAAAAUACUGGUUGGAAUGAAGAAGACUUUGGUGUUCUAUAAAGGAAGAGCUCCAAAAGGAGAAAAGAGCAAUUGGGUCAUGCAUGAGUAUAGGUUGGAGGGAAAAUACUCUGUCUGCAAUCUCCCCAAAACAGCCAAGAACGAGUGGGUGAUUUGCAGGAUAUUUCAAAAGAGUUCAGGUGGAAAGAAAACACAUGUUUCAGGGCUGGUGAGACUGAGUUCCUUCGGAGAUGAAUUGGCUCGCUCUCUUUUACCUCCAUUGAUGGAUUCUCCUUCCUAUAGCAGCAAGAUCAAAAGCGAUGAAGCUGAGCCAUCUCACGUGACCUGCUUCUCCAUUCCAAUGGAGGGCCAGAAAAACCAGGAAGAAGCAUCGGAUUACUUCAAUUAUCCUCUUUAUGCUUCUUCUGCUAAUCCUUCUGAUAUGUCCCCUGCUUCAUUGCUUAUGUCAAAAUUCUCUCUUCCGAACUCAUUUUACGCCCCACAAGGUGCCCCCAAUCUUGGCAAUUUGCAGUAUCAAGGCUCCCUUUCGAUGCAAGACCAGGCCAUCUUGAGGGCUUUGCUUGGGAACCAUGGAACGAGCAUGAAACAGAGCAGCAAAGUUGAAAGGGAGAUGGUUAGUAUCUCACAAGACACAGGGCUGACCACUGAUAUGAACAAUGAAAUCUCUUCAGUUGUCUCCAAUCAUGAAAUGGGAAGGAGUUCUUUCGAAGAUCAUGAAGACCCAUCAACUUCAGGUGGCCCAGUAGACCUUGAUUGUCUUUGGAAUUAUUGAAAAAAAUAGUAGUAGUAGUAGAAGAAGAAUAGAUAGAAGCUGCAAGGGGAAGAAGAAUUCCAGUCACUAUUGUUUGUCUUGUCUAAAAUUGAUAUUGAUAUUGUGUGUACAGAUUUCUGAAUCUAGAUAACAUGAAGCAAAAUGAAGGUUAUGGACAUGUAUUAUAUGAAAUCAAACUGAUUUUUAUUUUUAUUU